CCCGUAGCGGAUACUUAUAUUAUAGAAAGAACAUCAUUGUGAAUUUUCUCGACUAAAAAUUUAACAGAGUAGUACAAAACCAGCAGUGAGCUCGGUGCUUUGGAUUAUGAGCUCGAGAUUUCCAAAGUUCUUGAAACCGGAUGACGAAUCAUUCUCAUCAGAACGUGACGCUGCCCCGACCGAUGAUCACGUAACCUCGUUCGUGUUCAACGCACACCAUUCGCUUAACCUAGUAGCCCAGCGUGAACGUCUUCCGAUACGGCAGUAUCGUGACCAAAUCCUUUACUGCCUCGAGCGCUACCAGACGCUGGUGCUGGUCGGUGAAACCGGUUCCGGCAAGAGCACUCAAGUGCCGCAGUAUCUCUACGAAUUCGGAUGGCAUACCAAGGGCCUGAUAGGUAUAACCGAGCCGCGGCGAAUUUCAGCCGUCACACUGGCCGAAAGGGUGGCAACGGAGCGGGGUGAAUUAACCGGAGAAACCGUUGGUGUUUCGAUUCGAUUCAUUUCCAAAUGUAACCCUGAGACGACCAAAAUUAAAUACAUGACCGAAGGCAUCCUAUUGCGUGAGAUGUUGGCUGAUCCGUUGCUCACGCAGUACAGCGUAAUUAUGAUAGACGAGGCGCACGAGAGAAGUGUCCUCACCGACACUGUUAUGGGUUUACUGAAGAAAAUCGCUCGGCGAAGAGACGCACUCAAAAUUAUAAUUUCGUCUGCGACGGUUGAUGCGGAAUUAUUCCAGGAGUUUUUCAAUUUGAAGAAAAGGAAGAAUGAAAAAGACACUUCGAUAAUACUAACCGUAGAGGGUCGUAUGUUUCCUUAUGAAGUGUUCUACUUACAAGAACCUUGUCCGGACUACAUUAAAGCGACUGUUGAAACUGUGAUGAAAAUUCAUCGAAACGAGCCGUCGGGAGAUGUAUUAAGUUUUUUAACUGGUCAAGAAGAAGUUCUUAAGGCACUAGAUCUUUUGCGGGAACAUAAAGAAGCGAGCGGUAAAGAUGAUAUGAUGAUACUACCUAUGUACGGAACAUUAUCCAACUCAGAUCAGCUAAAAGUAUUUUUCAAUGUCCCUAAAGGAGUACGUAAAAUCAUUCUAGCUACCAACAUUGCAGAAACGUCGAUAACUAUUCCCGGAAUUGUAUACGUUAUUGAUUGCGGUUUCGUGAAACUGAACUGGUAUUCGGCCGAGAGUACAACCAAUAGCCUAGUCGUAGUUUCAACUAGCAAGGCAGCUGCUGAGCAGCGAGCAGGUCGUGCCGGACGAGUACGCAGUGGAAAAGUCUAUCGACUGUACACUGAAGAAGAUUGGGAAAAACUACCAGACUUCACCCCGCCUGAAAUGCGUCGUACUGAUCUGAGCAGUACGGUCCUCUAUCUGAAAGCUCUUGGCAUUGAUAAUGUUGUAAGAUUUACCUUUCCUUCUCCGCCACCAGCGAAACAUUUAUUAGCUUCAGUUGAGACAUUGUAUGCCUUAGGGGCACUAGAUGCUGAAGGGAACCUGACUAGUCCUGUCGGUUAUUUUCUAGCUGAAAUGCCAAUUAGUCCAAUGAUGGCAAAGAUGCUAUUUAAUGCUGGAGAAAUGGGAUGCUCUGAAGAAAUUAUCAUAAUCAUUGCAAUGUUGCAAGUUCAGUCUGUAUUUUCCAAGCCAGUUAGCGGACAGGCUUCGAUACGAGCACGAAUCGCAAGACGUAAUUUUGAAGUAGAAGAAGGAGAUCUAAUCACUCUUUUAAACGUUUAUACGGCAUUUGUUGAAAAUGGUCGAACAAAAGAAUUCUGUGGACAAAACUUUCUGAUUUAUCGCAACCUGAAACGCGCUCAUGAAAUCAAGUCUCAAUUAUGUAGCAUGCUAGAGAGGGAACUGAAUAUACCGUUGGUCUCCUGCAAUGGAAAUGUGGAAGUUAUUUGCCGCUGUAUUUUGACAGGAUUUUUCCCAUAUGCUGCAUAUCUGCACCAUUCUGGAGUUUAUAAGACGGUUAGAGGGAAUACGGAAUUGGCUGUUCACCCCCUUUCGGCUCUUUACACAGUUGUACAGCCUCAGUGGGUGAUCUUCUGUGAACUUUUGCAUACAACGAAACUGUUCAUGAAGGAUAUCACCGUCAUCAAACAAGACUGGCUUAUUGAAUUGGCGCCACAUUAUUAUCAUAAAAUUACAGUUAAGAAUGAUUAUUGAAGUAAUAUAUCAAUUGUCAGUCAGUCUCAACAUUCA